AUGUCGCGGUACCUUAAUAGUGGUAACGCUUCUCAACAACAGUCUUAUCAACAGUCUUAUCAACAGUCUUAUUCUAUACCACCUAUAAAUAUCAUAAAUAUCGGAAGUAACUCUCCACCGUUGUCUACCGCAACUUCUAUUUCAAUAUCUUCGC